AUGGGGAAGAUUUUAACCGGGUUAGUGUUGUUCUUGUCGUUGCUCUCAUUACUCCUUGUACCAUCGGAAUCGGCUGUUUCGAGUGUAGAUCUAGGUUCGGAAUGGGUGAAAGUUGCUGUAGUUAAUCUGAAACGGGGACAGAGUCCAAUCUCUGUAGCUAUUAACGAGAUGUCCAAGAGGAAAUCCCCAGCUUUAGUGGCAUUCCAGUCUGGUGAUCGAUUACUCGGUGAGGAAGCUGCGGGGAUAACGGCUCGUUACCCGAAUAAAGUUUAUUCACAGCUAAGGGAUAUGGUGGGAAAACCAUUCAAACACGUCAAGGAUUUCAUCGAUUCAGUUUACUUGCCAUUCGAUAUUGUGGAAGAUUUUAGAGGUGCGGUUGGUAUUAAGAUCGAUGACGGUUCAACUAUUUACUCGGUGGAGGAGUUGUUAGCUAUGAUCUUGGGUUAUGCUUCAAAUCUAGCAGAGUUCCAUGCAAAAAUCCCAGUUCAGGAUAUGGUUGUUUCUGUUCCGCCUUAUUUUGGACAGGCCGAGAGACGGGGUUUGAUCCAGGCGUCUCAGUUGGCUGGGAUUAAUGUUCUCUCCCUGGUUAAUGAGCAUUCUGGUGCUGCUUUGCAGUAUGGGAUUGAUAAGGAUUUCUCAAAUGGGUCGAGACAUGUCAUAUUUUAUGACAUGGGUUCAAGCAGUACUUACGCAGCCUUGGUCUAUUACUCAGCUUACAAUGAGAAGGAAUUUGGCAAGACUGUCUCUGUCAACCAAUUUCAGGUCAAGGAUGUUAGAUGGGACUCAGCACUUGGAGGACAGAGUAUGGAGAUGCGCUUGGUAGAGUAUUUUGCAGAUGAAUUUAAUAAACAACUUGGUAACGGAGUUGAUGUGAGGCAGUUCCCCAAAGCAAUGGCUAAAUUAAAAAAACAAGUCAAACGUACAAAGGAAAUUUUGAGUGCAAACAAUGCGGCUCCAAUAUCUGUCGAAUCUCUCCAUGAUGAUCGUGACUUCAGGAGCACAAUUACCCGUCAGAAGUUUGAGGAACUGUGUAAAGAUCUGUGGGAGAGAUCUCUUACACCUUUAAAAGACGUGCUCAAGCAUUCAGGUUUGAAGAUGGAUGAUAUAUAUGCAGUGGAACUAAUUGGAGGAGCUACCAGAGUUCCCAAGCUACAGAGUACGAUCCAGGAAUUUAUUGGGAAACAAGAGUUAGACAAACAUCUGGAUGCUGAUGAGGCUAUUGUCCUAGGCUCAGCACUACAUGCUGCUAACUUGAGCGAUGGAAUUAAAUUAAAACGUAGGCUAGGUAUAGUUGAUGGUUCUCCCUAUGGUUUCCUAGUGGAGUUGGAAGGCCCUAAUAUCCAGAAAGAUGAGAGCACAAAGCAACAACUCGUACCACGAAUGAAAAAGCUACCCAGCAAGAUGUUCAGAUCCUUUGUCCUUGACAAAGAUUUUGACGUGUCACUUGCUUAUGAGUCGGAGGAUAUUCUACCCCCAGGGAUCACCUCCCCUGUGUUCGCUCAGUAUUCUGUUUCGGGUCUGGCGGAUGCAACUGAGAAAUAUUCUUCUCGGAAUCUAUCAGCACCUAUCAAGGCAAAUUUGCAUUUCUCUCUGAGUAGAAGUGGGAUUCUCAGUCUAGAUAGGGGAGAUGCUGUGAUUGAAAUCACAGAAUGGGUAGAAGUUCCUAAGAAGAAGAACGUGACUAUUGAUAGUAACACAACCACAUCCACAGGCAAUGCCUCUACUGGCGCUGCCUCUGACGAGAAUUCAGAAGAAAAUAAAGAGGAGCUACAAGCUGAUGCUGGAGACAGCACUGCGUCAAAUACAACGGCAGAAGAACCAGCUUUGACAGAAAAAAAGCUGAAAAAACGGACCUUCAGGGUUCCUCUGAAGGUAGUUGAGAAAACAGUUGGACCUGGAGCACCUUUUACGAAAGAGUCUCUUACCGAAGCUAAGAAAAAAUUAGAAGUCUUAGACAAAAAGGAUAGGGAAAGAAGAAGAACGGCUGAGUUAAAAAACAACCUUGAAUCCUAUAUAUAUGCUACCAAAGAGAAGCUAGAAACACCCGAGUUUGAAAAGAUAUCCACCCAAGAAGAGCGCAAGGCGUUUGUUGAGAAGCUUGAUGAGGUGCAAGAUUGGCUUUACAUGGAUGGUGAGGAUGCUAAUGCCACAGAGUUUCAGGACAAGCUUGACUCACUAAAAGCCGUUGGCAGUCCCAUAACUUUCCGAUCAGAGGAGCUUAAAGCACGACCUGUAGCAGUUGAAUAUGCUCGGAAAUACCUAACAGAAGUGAAAGAGAUCGUGAAAGAGUGGGAGACAAACAAAACUUGGCUUCCAAAAGACAAAAUCGAUGAGGUCUCAAAGGAAGCAGAGAAAGUAAAAAGCUGGUUGGAGAAGAAUGAAGCAGAGCAGGCAAAGACUGCUCUCUGGAGCAAGCCGGUGUUCACGUCUGAUGAAGUGUACGCCAAAGUAUUUACUCUCCAAGACAAGGUGACAAAGGUGAAUAGAAUCCCAAAGCCAAAGCCAAAGAUAGAGAAACCAACCAAGACGGAGAACACAACAACGAAGGAAGACGAACAAUCGAAAACAACAGACUCCAAUUCUUCUUCUGCCAAAGACGAGCUUUGA